UAAACCCAGAUCUUAGUUCUCUUUUGUGCUACUGGCUGCGCUAGAAUUUAGGACGUACCGAUGCUAUUAUUAUUAUUACACGUAACACGCAUUGGCUCGCGAAUGUUUAAUUUAUUUAAAUAUAAAAUAUAAAUUUAUUUAUUUAAAAUUAGCAGUCAUAAAAAAAAUGGGAAGGUGUUGUGCUGUUCAUGGUUGUGUUAGUGGCCGAAUGGCAAGUAAAAGUGUACGAAAAGUGGCUUUAUUUAAAGUACCAAAAGAUGUAGAAUUGCGUAAUAAAUGGAUUUCUGCUCUGGGCCAAGAAUUGAAAGCUACCAGUUUUAUUUGUGAAUUACAUUUUAAUCCAGAGGAUGUGAUUAAAAGUGAUCGAGAGAUUUUGAAAGAUGGUAGUAUAUACGUGUAUGAAUAUCAGAAAGUUCAUUUGAAGAAGAAAGCUGAGCCAAAGUCAAAUAUUAUUAAUGACAGCAAUGACAAUAAUAAUAGCUUGUUAUCAGAUAAUGAGCUUCCAAACACUUCUGAUAUAAUUGACCACGCAAUAAUUGGUGACUGUAGUUUUAAUUCAGUUGAAACAAGUACCGUUCAUGAAAUUAUAAAUGAAGUAGUUAAACCUGAAAAUAUAAAUUUAGUAAACACGAAUUUUCCUGACGGUGCAAAUACUGCUAUUGAAAAUGACAAUUUGCUGGUUAUAAAUAAGACUGAGGAGUUUUCUUUUUAUUCAAUCAAAGAAAUUUUUGAAACUCAGCCACUACGUAAAAAUUGGAGUUGGACAUUCAUAAAAAAUUCUUUUAUUUCGUUGUCAUAUAUAAGCUCGAAACUGGAAUUAGUUUGUCAUAUAAAAAUUGAUAUGGAUUUAAAUGUAACGAUAAUGAAUGCAAAAACUAAUAUCGUUAUUGAUAUGAAUGUAAAUAUCUCAUCAAUUGCUUGUAUUUGGCAGUUAUUAAUAUCUUUAGAAAAUAGCUUUUUCUGCAGUGGAACUGGAUACAAUGACAAGAAAUGUUCAGUCACUUGUACAGGUAUAUUAUUGCCGGAGGAAAGGUAUAAAAAAAAAGUUGUGGAGUACAGAUGUAUUACUUGCCGAAAAUUGAGACGUUUGAUUCAAAAACGUAAGACGGAGACAACAAAUAAUGAUGCUCGAUGGAUGAAUUUCAAACAUCGCUAUAUUUUACAACGCAGAAAGCUUAAUCGGGUUGUUCACACGGGCUCUUUCAAACACUGUGAAUUUGAAAAAGCGUGAUAUAUUUAUGUAUGUGCUUGAAGUUUAAAACUUAAUACACAAAAAAGGAUCCAAUGUGACUGCAGGAGAAUUAUUAGGUUCAUUAAUGCAGACCAGAUAAUCGUUUGAAGCAUGCAAUGU